UUGAAGAGUGAACAUCUAGUUAAGUGAUACAGUCAGUAUGUACGGUUUUUCUACUAGUGCCAUUAUGGAAGAAUUUCCAAGUGGGCAACAAAGUUCUAACAGUGCCAGCAUUGAGGCGCACAUCAAGCGGCCCAUGAACGCCUUCAUGGUGUGGUCCAGAAUACAGAGGCGGAAAAUCGCUGCGGACAAUCCCAAGAUGCAUAAUUCCGAGAUAUCCAAGAGGUUAGGAUCUGAAUGGAAGUUGCUGACAGAAUCUGACAAGAGGCCGUUCAUCGACGAAGCCAAGAGGUUGAGGGCCCUCCACAUGAAGGAGCACCCCGACUACAAAUACCGGCCGAGGAGGAAACCCAAAGGACCUCUCACCAGUGGCUUGAAACCUGCCAUGGGGUUCCCCAUGCCCCAGCUGCCGUACCCUUUUCCAGGAAUGGAUUCUCUGAGCAGUCCGUAUCCUUACUUCAACCCUGCGUUCGAUUUUUCGAGGAUACAAGGUAUAAAACACGAAGAACCUUCUUACAUUCACCACCAACCCGCCGUUAUAUCGUCUCCUUACGCAGUUUCUUUGCCAAAUUCUUUUUAUUCCUCGUUCUAUCAGCAAAAAGCUCUGACGACGUCUCCUAUGGGUAUGUUCUCCACAAUGCCUUCGACAAUAUACUCGACUACCUCGAGUCCAACAACAACUCCAUCGACCUCAGAUCUGGAAAUCCGAAGACCGGUUCCGGUGAUGUACUAGAGAAUUUGUUGAUUUUUGUUGGUGGCUGGAGGGAUGUAUAUGUUGAAUAUAUUUUUUAUGUUCGUAGUAACGUAAUUUACUUUAUCUGUGAUCAUUUAGUUUAGAAUGACUGAUUGUAUAUAUAUUGUAAAAAAACGUAUUUAA